AGAGCUUAACUAAUAAUUUGUGGGAAAUUCCAAACAGAAAUUAAAAAAUAAAUACGAAUAAAAGCUUGUUAAAUCUCUAACAUCAUCUCUCGAAUUUUGAUCUAUAUACAUUACGUAUACGCCGUGUGCUCGCCUCUGUGUGAUCGAGCGCGAAAGAAACAAAAGCUAAACACAAGGCACAUACAUCUACAUAAAUUCGCUUAGAUGCGUGAACGUCAUUUGGGCAAAAUGCCGCGCGGAGGAACGACAACAGCACGCUAUGAGGAGGAUCCAGAUAAUGCCUGGAACUGUUGUUCCUGGUGUGAAUAUUUGUUAAUCGUAAUACUCUCUACCAUAUUGCUGGUGGGUGUCUUGAUAUUGGCACUCUUCUGGGUGAUGUUCUAUCGCGGCGGCUUCGCCUGGUCGGAGAAGCCAAUGAAGCAAUUCAACUUGCAUCCCAUUCUGAUGAUAGCGGGUUUCGUAACGCUCUCUGGAUUCUCUAUCCUAGUUUAUCGUCUGUGCCGCUGUGUCAAGCACAUCUAUGUGAAACUGAUUCACAUGUUCUUUCAUGCUGCCGCAAUACCCUGUAUUGUCAUGGGCUUCCUCUCCGUCUUCGACUCGCACAAUGCAAUGGCCAAGUUGAAUUUCUAUAGCCUGCACUCAUGGCUGGGCUUCGUGACAAUGUGCAUGUUCCUGCUGCAGUUCGUAAUUGGCUUCUUAACAUUUCUGGUGCUGCUCUGCUGCGACAAUAAAACCUACAGCUGUCGCUCGGCCAUGGUGCCGAUACACGCCAGCCUGGGCUUGGCCAACUUCUGGCUGGCCAUAGCCACCGCUGUGACGGGCAUCAUCGAGAAGGAACGCGAGACUGCCAAGGAUCCCACACUGAGCGACGAAAAUCGCAUGAUUGAGCAUUAUAUAACAACUGCGAUGGGCGUUACUCUCAUUCUGAUUGGCGUUAUUGUCACCUUUGCUGUGCGAAGAACCAAUGCACCUGCCUCUGCCAAAGUCUAUGUGACCGAACGCAUUUAGAUUGUGGCCAACUGCCACGCCCAUAACUACGGCCGCCUGCCACAGCCAGUGUUUUAAUAGAGCUGCAGCUGUCUGUUCUAAAAAAAAAAAAAAACAAAAA